AUGGCUCAGAGAGGAAAUCAGAUGGAUUCAGGAAAACUCUCCUGUUCCAUCUGUUUGGAUCUACUGACGGAUCCGGUGACUACUUCCUGUGGACACAGCUACUGUAUGAACUGUAUUAAAGACUACUGGGAUAGAGAAGAUCAGAGGAGAAUCAACAGCUGCCCUCAGUGCAGGAAAGAGUUCAAACCGAGGCCUAACCUGCAGAAAAACUUCAUGUUAGCUGAGUUGGUGGAGGAUCUGAAGAAGACUGGACUCCAAGCUGCUCCAGCUGAUCACUGCUAUGCUGGACCUGAAGAUGUGGCCUGUGAUGUCUGCACUGGGAGGAAGAUGAAAGCUGUCAAGUCCUGUCUGGUCUGCUUGGUUUCUUAUUGUGAGAAUCACCUUCAACCUCACUAUGACGUCCCUGGAUUAAAGAAACACAAGCUGGUGAAUCCGUCCAAGACUCUCCAGGACAACAUCUGCUCUCGUCAUGAUGAGGUGAUGAAGAUCUUCUGUCGUACUGAUCAGCAGUGUAUCUGUUAUCUCU